AUGCUUCACCAGUUCCUGAAAGAGGAAGAGGAUGCCAGACUGGCUUCACUGAGGGAGAAGGAGAAGGGAACGAUGAUCGCCAGAGAGAUGAAGAACAUUCAGGACCAGAUUUCUACUCUCACAGAAAACCUCAUUGCACUGGAGCAGAAACCCCCCCCCCCAAAAAGGAGCUGCCAUUACUCAAACUAA